AAUCCAGUCCGUCUUGAACCGCGAGCGUGAGUACGUCGCUGCGUCCGGCGUUCUAAACAAACCACCACCAAAUUGACACACACACCGAGUGUGCGUUUUCCGAAGUGACAGCCCCACAAAUCCGAUUGUUUUCGCGUAUCCGGACUGGAGUCGCGUUUUGGCGCGACACAAACCGUCCGUUCGUGUUGCGGCUCCGACUUGCCAUAUGAUUGUGGCACGCUUAAAAUUUGAAUCGACGAGAAGUGUGCGAGUGACGAUGUGUCAUUAGUGCCGCGAUGCUGCUGCAGUCUGGGAGCGAGCCGGGCCCGAAGUCCGGGCCCGGACCGGAAGAGAGUCGGAACCCGACGCCGGACUCCGACAGCACCCGCACCCACAUGUUGGAUUACGCUCCCGCUCCGGGCUGGACGGUGCACGUCACCAAGGAGGGACGGCUCUAUUAUUGCAACCACGUGACGCGCACAGCUAGCUGGUUGCCGCCAGCGGAGGCUUGGAAAUGCGGCGACGAGUCCCUGCCCUACGGGUGGGAGCGGGCCCUCGACGAUUCUGGCAGAACCUACUACAUCAAUCAUGUGAACAAAACGACAACGUACGAAUCGCCGGUAGUGAAAAAUUUAGAGCCGCUUCCGAAGCCGGAACCACGGGUGGUCACGUUGGAGAGGUCGCCCGCUUUGGGCUUUGGAUUUGUUGCUGGAUCCGAAAAACCAGUCAUCGUGCGGUUCGUCACCGAAGGUGGACCAUCCGUCGACAAGCUGCUUCCGGGCGAUCAAAUCCUGACGGUGAACGGGGAGGACGUGAAAACGGCACCGAGAGAGCACGUGAUCUCGUUGGUGAGAGCCUGCACCAAAACGGUUCGUCUCGUGGUUUGUCAGCCGCCGGAGCAACAGGGCGCCAGGAAAUCCACCCUCUUGUCCGCCAGCAAACGGGCCCGGUUACGCAGCAAACCUUCCCGGGUCCGAUUCGCCGAGAGCGUCUGUGUCAACGGAGCACCGCUGUUUCCCCCUUCGGCGUUUUCGCUGGGUGAUUUAUGCGUGCCCCCGAUGGCGAACGUACUGAAGGUGUUUCUGGAGAACGGCCAAACCAAGUCUUUCAAGUAUGAUGCAUGGACGACUGUUCAGGACGUCGUUACCUCGCUGGAGACGAAACUUUGUUUGCAGGCGACCGAACAUUUCAGUCUGGUUGUUGAGCACAUCAAGUCGCUCAAAAGGAACAAGCUCACGUUGCUGGAUCCGUCCGAUAGUUUGGCCAGGAUCGCGUCACGUCCGGGCGCCCAUAAACUGAGGUGUUUGUUCAGAGUGGCGUUCGUGCCGUCGUCGGCCGCCGCCCUCGCCCAAAAGGACUUGAACGCGCUGGAUUACCUGUACACGCAAUGCUGCAACGACGUAAUCCAGGAGAGGUUCGCACCGGAAUUGCAGUACGACACGGCGUUGAUGCUGGCCUCUUUGCAUAUCCAUCAGCACGCCUUAGCUAACAAUUUGCCUGCGGCUAAAAUUACCGUCAAAAGUAUAGAGAGGGAUUUCGGCUUGGAACGUUUCGUACCCGCAUCGCUUUUAGAAAACAUGAAGCGUAAGGAAGUGAGAAAACUUAUCGGUCAUUUCUUGAAAUUGCAUUCGAACAUGGCCGGGCCGGGAAAACAACUUACUUCACUUCAAACUAAACUUCAUUAUUUAGAUAUUGUUAGCCAACUUCCCAGUUACGGAGCCAAGUGUUUUUCUGCCGGGCCCAAGGGAGAUGCGAUGGAAAGAGUCAUACUUGUUAGUCCCAAAUUUGGAAUUAGCCAGAUCACCGGCACUAGGAAUUCAGUGUUCCAGCCUGUUCCGAUUGCUAAUAUUGAAGACAUGCGUAGGAUUGAAGUAAAAAGCGAUGAUGAAAUCAGUCGGACUGUGUUAAUAAAACUUCAAAAGGAUAAAAUGGUUUCCGUAUCGCUUGAAGAACGAGACGCAAGUGAAUUGGUUUUAGUCCUAAGAGGCUACUUCAAUUUAGCUACUGGUCAAAACUUGCCAGUAGAUCAAGAGGAGGAAGCACCGAUGGAAGAUUUGGCACCACCAUUUUUAUCGCAGCAUAAAGUGGUGCCAGAAAAAUGGAGCUAUAUCAAUCAAAAUAAUGUAAAGUCGAUUUGUUUUGCCAUGCAUCCAGUUUACCAAGGUAUAAAUAAGAAAACUAAUGGAUUGUAUAAUACCAUGGGGAGACAAAGUAAACCACCACUUAUUCUUGGAUAUAGUUUAGAUAGCAACAUGAAUAAUUCGUUAUCUAAUCGCAACCAUCAAAUCAAACCCGAAUUCAGCAGUUUCGAUAACACCUCCUACGAUUUACAAAGCGUCGUAUCUAUGGAAAUCCUUGAAAGCGGCGUCGUCGAAACCAGAAACGACGAAGUCUUACGUCGAAUCCAAGAAAUGCAACAGUUGGUGGAAAAUUCAGAAAAAUACCUAACGGAACAACAAAACUUAGACAGAUUGAACUCCCUGUCCGAAUGGCAAGAAACAAGCGUGGACAUAGAAAGUGAUACGGACAGUGUUCUGGCGGACGACGCGCCAGGAAAACUGAAACACAGCGACUCAUUACUAUUGUUAACCAAAGGACACGCCCAAGAACCCGCACCGAAGCCAAUGUUCACUAAUGCCGCGAUCGAAUUACUACGAUCUGAAACCGUUCAAUCUGAAAGCGAUAACGAUUCAAUUUAUACACCGGGCAACUCCCCAAAACACAAGUUACCCAGCAACGGAAUAGACAAAUCAAAUCGAAUUAGUUUCGGACUACGCAGUCCCGACAACACUGCCGAUAAGGAUCAGGAUUUCCAGGCGUAUUUGCAACAGCUGAAACAGAUGAAGAACAAAGACACCGGUGAUAUGGAUUCGUUGAACGAUAUAUACGUCUUCGACCCGGACUUAAUAGACUUGACAAACAUACCUCCACCCGGAACUCCCAAUGAACUCGAUUGUGCCUUACCGACGCCAAUAAACGUGCCGCCGAGUUCGUUCGCCGAUUCUAUUGAAAAGUUGAACAAACUCGGGGUGUUAAAUGAGGACGAGGAUUUAGAAACGUUUUUAGCCAGCGUUACAGUACCGCCUCCCACUCAAAAGGUCACUCCCGCUGUCGAAUUGACUCCUGAGGAGAUUAUGGCGUAUAUCAUCCCUCCACCACCAGAUCGUGAUAGUUUCGAGAAUUUGACAAUAAAAGACGAUGAGAAAGAUCAACUAAGCGAACAAAGUCAUAACGAAAUGUGCAAUGGUGUUAAAAAAAGAGAAAGUGUUGUCAGUACAAGAACGAAUGUUAUAGAAUAUGCGACUGUAGAUAGGAAGGGUGCCUUUUCGUGCUGUGCCAAAAAUAAGCCCGAAAAAUUGAUUAAAUGUGAGGCACCCAUUCAACCUUUACCACGACGAAGUUCUGACGAAACACCUCCAGAAAGACCACCCAAAAUGAUUCCGGAAGAACGCCAAAGAUCUCAAUCUUUAUCCACCAGAGCGAAUUCUAAUGCUGAUUAUCCACCUAAACUACCCCCUAGAGGCGACUGUGCACCACCCCAUCUGUUUCUACCACCAAAGAAACCACCUCUACCUCCAGUUCCCCCAUUGGAAGUACUAAGACAGAUGAAGAACAUCCAGCAGUCAAAACCAGUAUCCGAAACUCGGACAGCUAGUAUAGGUUCUCCACACCUGCAGAGGAAUAGAAACAUGUCAAAUGACCUGGACAACACUUAUCAUUUAAGUGAGGAUAAUCGAUUGUGUCUCAAGGCUGCGACAGCGGUGAGCACUCCAACGUCCCCGCAUUUAGGCAGAGGUGCUCAUCUAACCGCAAUACCCAUAGACUCCCUCGACAGUCCUGGAAACCACAACCGCGAGACCCCGUCGAUGCCGCACUCCAGAUCACCACUUUCCGCUGUACCACACAUAAAAAGCUUGGAGGGAAAUGCAGCUUUCAAUAAAUUCAGAGAGCACGAGGCUAUGCAACGGAACGGCGGUCCGACCAUAAGGAACGGAUGUACUUCGACCAGAGAGAAUCUGCUGGCCAAAACAGACGUGGCAAUGGCCAAUUUACUGGUGAGACUGGACCAGGUGGCUGCACAGUGCAGUGUCGCUCAAGUGCACGGCGGCGGCAGGUUGAUCAGCGAAGAAAAGUUUCAGGUUGCCAAAGAAGAAUUGACGUCGCAAUCCCUGCAGCUUGUCACUUCGAGCAAGAUGCUAGUCAUAGCUAUGUCGGACCCUAGUCUCCCCGAUCUACCCGAGAACCUGGCGAUUUGCCUGACGAUCUUGCGCCGACUUACGGAGCUCUGUCAGGAUUUGACCAACCACACGACGGCACCCCUCCAAACCAGAAACCUCAUACUGAAAGUCCACGACGUGACCGCGGCGUUCCGCCACUUGAUCACCUCCAACAUUGACCGUAGCUCGCAGAAGACCAUCGAAGAACAUCUCGCCGCGCAAGCGGAAUCGCUGGCGAACGUGCUUGCUACUUUACUGAGAAGCUUGAGGGUUUUUUCACCGUAGUUUUGAUUCCCGUGUUUUAUUAUUUUAGCCAUUAUUGGUCACCGCCAAUUUUAUAACUAGAAUGUUGAAGAGUAGAUUCAUAAUAACAGCUUGGAGUUACUUCAUCUGCCAUAAAUGUUUUUAAAAUAAGUUCUGGUGAUCAGUAUUGAAACGUUUUGCUUGAUUUUAACGGAACAAUCGAAACCACAUAUUUAGAUAUUUUUAUAUUUGUACCUUUUAUAUUUAUUUUUCUAGUCAUUUUGUAUAUUUAGUAUUUUGUUUGUUUGUUUUUCAACCCAUUCCCUAAUAUAUGACCAAAUAUGUAUUAAAAACGCAAUAUGUAAUAUGAAAAAGUCUGAAGUUCUUAAAUACUCUAAGUAUGUGAUAUAUAUAUCAAGUAAGUCUGCUAGUUCAUACAGACUUUUACAUAUAUUCUGAGAAACUUUCAAUCAUGAAUGAACGUCCAUAUGCGUAUGAUUAUUUGUUUUUUACAAAAACAAUGAGUAACUAAUUGGUAGGCUAGUCCGGAUCAGUACAAGAAGGAUAUUUUCUUAUUAUAAUUGCUUUCAGGUUUUUAAUUAAGGGGUUUGUGUCUGUCCGACAGUUUGAAUCAAAAAUUGUAAUCGGAAAUGGCAAACGAGACCUGUUGUUUGAAGGAAGGAUCGUACAUAUUAUUAUAUUCAGUUACCUUUUAACGAUUACUUGUAUUUAAAUUACCAUUAUGUAAAUAUUUAAUUUGUUAUAACGUUGGUUAGUUGAAUGUUAAAUUAUAUAUAUAUCAUGUUAUUUAUUUUUUGUAGAUAAUGUUAAAAAGUUUUCUUUUAAUGAGAGUUGCUGUUAUUGCGAAAAUAUUUAAAACCUUUGUUUACUUAUAUUUCCAGUUAUUUUGAUAAAUUAAUACAUGUGUAAUUAUUUAUUAACAAAACAUGUAACAUCGUUCUAACAUAUCUCCUAUGUAAACAAACAAUAAAAUAAAUUUAAAAUA